UGCUAUUUGUCAACGUUGUGCACUUGAUUUACAAAUCUUGUAGUGAAAAAGUUAUGUAGCGGGUAGCUUACUGUUAGAUCCGUUUUAGACCAUACAUUGCUGCGAAUGAAAUGUAGCUAAAAGUACCAAAAAGUUUUUGAAAUGUUAAUGACACUGAUAUCUGUCUCUGGUCACAAGUAAUGCGAGAUAUUCAGUGGCGUCAGUGCCGCGUCCGCAAGCCACGGAGUUCGAGCGGUUACAGCUUGGUUUAAUGUAGUCAUAUAAUGCAGGACAGAAAAAAACUAAUUACUAGUGAUCAGUGGUGUAAAACUAAUCACAAAAACAAACUGGAGAUUUGUGAUACGUUUACUGCAGAAACUGAAGCGCAAUUCCGUAGUCUCGUUGUCUACUUUGACAGAAAAAAAAAUAUGGAGAGUUAAUGAAACUACUGUAGAUCGACACAGAUGUGCGUUUCAUUGUUCUUCAUUAUUUUUUUCCUUCCUUGGCGGGCUGCGCUGCACCGUCAAGGUAAUCCCUACUCUUUGGCUAAAUGGCUGCUAGUUGCCGAAAGCCAGAUAGAUAAAUUAAAAAAAAUCCCCACCCUUCGACAGCUGACAAGCAAGUCACUAGAAAACGCAGCUGCUGUCAACAGUUGCUCGCCUUUGGCUAGUCUGUGCUGUCGUGUAGAACAAUGUCUUCACUCUUUUAUUGGUAUUGUUUUGACUCUGCAGUAACUCGUCGAGUUUUGAAGUACAGAAGAACUAGGAGAAUGAAUCAUAAUACAUUUCAGUAUGUGCUGCAGAACAUUCAAGACAAAAUUUCGAAACAGAACACAAAUUUUCGCAGAAGUAUAACAGCAGAAGAAAAAUUGUGUAUAACGAUAAGGUAUCUGUCCACUGGCAUCUCCUUUCAUGCACUGGCAUCGUCAUUCCGAUUAGGAGUGUCCACCGUAUCAGUGUUGGUGAAAGACGUUUGUAUGGCCAUAUGGGAGUCACUUGCUCCCAUUCAUUUACCAACGCCAACUGUUUCUCGAUUUAAAGAAAUUGCCAGUGAAAUGCAUACGAGAUGGGGAUUUCCAAACUGUGUUGGAUGUAUAGACGGGAAGCACAUACGUGUCCAAUGUCCUAAACUUUCUGGCAGCAUGUUUUACAAUUACAAACAGUAUUAUUCGAUUGUACUCCAAGCAGUUGCUGAUGCAAAUUACAAAUUUAUAGCUGUGGAUGUUGGUGCCUACGGUAAACAGUCUGAUGCAUGUGUGUUUAAAGAAAGUAUGUUAUAUAAGAAACUUACAAAUGGGGAGCUGUUAUUACCGCCACCAACAAGACUUGAAGGAAUGUGUCAGGAACUACCGUACGUCAUUUUGGGAGAUGAAGCUUACCCCUUAUUAGAGAAUUUGAUGAGACCUUUUCCUCGGAGAAAUUUGGACAACGAGAAGAUUCUAUACAAUGAUAUGCAUUCCAGAGCAAGAAAAGUUGUUGAAUGUGCAUUUGGUAUAAUGACCAAUAAAUGGAGACUACUGAGGAAGGAAAUUGAAACAUCCGUUGACGUAGCUGAUCACAUAGUCAAGUGCAUUUGUCUACUUCAUAAUAUUGUCAUUGACAGAGAAGGAUGCAAUGUUGAAGCUGAAAAGUUUUGUAACAAUGCUGAUAUGCAGACAGCUGGCUCGCGCCUGCGGUCGGCUCGCGCCGGCAAUAUUAAACACUCGGAAUGUCGUCGGCUCGGCUCCGGGAGGCUCACGCCGUGUCGGUGCGGCCCGGCCGCCAGUGUGAACACCGCAAUUCAAAACCAUGUGUUUGAUAUCGAAGCGGGCGGCGGCCCGGCCAGGCUCGGCUCGGCCCGGCCGGCAGUGUGA